GGGUCAUGUCUCGUCUGUCUAGCUGGCAUGUUGCCUGCAGACCAACGGCAGACGUAUGUUUGGUUACAAGACUUGACUUAUAGGGGCAGGUUGUCUUGAACGUUUUGGAGUUCCAGGGAUCAGACCAUGGCCCAAGCAGCUGUACUAUCUGCAGCCUACAGCCCAAGCCUCCAACUACCAGGCUACGCCCAGCACUACCCAACCCUCCACCGAGUUCCUCUGGCAGCCGUCAAACACGGCAUCUUCCACCCCAACCCGCCCCGGUUCCGCCGGAUGGAGAUGGACAACACCUUGCAUAAGCUGAGCAGCGAACAUUGCAGGACCACGACGACCUGUGGCCCAAGAGACUUUGCCAACUCAACAUCAACCAUCUUGUCUCCACCUCCUCAUAGAGUUCAUUCUAUGAACGCUACAGAAACGGGACGAAAACUGCACCGUCAGUAUGUGUCAUACGAUGAUCUUCUACAAUCUCGCCUGGCCUGGUCAGAUUUCCUAGGCAAAGGCACAGGACGAUCUAAAAGCUCGCUUCCAGAGCUAGAGUCUGCCAAAGAUGCUCAUUUCCAGGGCUAUGCAGUAAGAUAUUUGAGACCAGAUUUAACUAAAUCAUGGAAGUUUACCCUGCAAGCUGAACCCAAGCUGGAUCAAUAUGGCCAGAGACCAAUUCCUGCUAACAUUUACGCUCGAUAUCGGGACACCUACCCACAACAACAUAGAAAUGUGGCCAGUGAAAUGUGGAGGUAAAAAGAUUUGAACAGCCUUACUGCAGAGCAUCUGAUGAAUAAGCUUGAGAUUUAGACUAAGAGAAACAAGCCUGAGAAUUGGACUAAGACAAUUGGACAGUGUUAAAACUAACAUUUUUCUUUUCCUUUAGACCUGUAUGCUUUAAAGAAAACCAGUUUUUUUUAUUUAAUUUACAUGGUUAAAAACCAUACCAUAUCUAUUAAUACUAUAUUAUGAAAUGUAUUAAUAUGAGCUUCCAACAGUAUUAAAUUUUAAUUUUUAUGUCUACAUCUACCAAAUCAGCAUUGUUGUAAAUAAUGUUUUGAUAUUUAAUUAAGUGCUUUUAAGUUUAAAAAAAAGAUAUAAUAAAAUUAGUUCAUUUUGUAAUAUUUUUUUUGUGCAGA